AUGCACAUACAGUCCAAGACUCCAAGUUAUCAGCAUAAGAAAUCGUCUUUCAGUUUUGAAAAACAGCUGAUUGGUGGCCACCGACGGGGCAUGGUAUCGUAUUCUAUGCUCUCGGGAAAAUCUUUAUCUCGUCCAGUUGCAAUUUCAAAGCUGGUGUCGACUGGGGCGGUGUUGACCGGCAUCAAUGAGAACGAUCUAAGAGAUAAGGCUCUUGUCCAACGUUGCGCGGGACCGAGAGAGAGAAGGUUUAUCUUGGCGCUUGAAACACCGUGUUGUACCGUCACCAAUUUCUCGAUCGUUGACCCGCCUCCCAGAAAGGAAAUGAUCAACAAGCUGUACCGCUUCAAUCAAAGUAACCCAGAUCGCGGAAGAGAUUCGUCAACAAUUUUACGGAUUCAAUUGACGGCGGAGGGGGAUUCGAGCCUGUGGCACAAGCCCGUAUCCAUCGUAAUUAAGGACAGUUUAGCCGUCAGCAAGGAACGCAAAAAGAGUUACCUCAAGGUCAUGGAAGAAUGUAUAUACGAUGACUGGAAGCCGCAUGGAAUAUUGGCAGCGAGAUCCCGAUAUACCUUGCAGAUGAAUAGGGAGUCUAGAUAG